AUUCGAUAAUUUUACUUUCAGUAUUUUGUAUUCACUCAAUUGACUUAAUACAUUGUUGGAAAAUAAAAUGAAUUUAGUUGCAAAUAAUUUACUACAUGAACAUUAAACAAAUGAAACGAAUGUCACUUGAGUUUUAAAUCAAACAACGUUACUAUUAUUUUUUCAUUUACACCCAACACACAUUUAUCAAUUUUCCAAUAAACAUUGACACGUUAUUCGUACGGUGAGAUUUAUUGCGUUGCCUGUUAGUGAUAAUCUUGAAUUUUUUAUUAACACUUUUUUGUUUAAAUUAUUAUUAUUAUUUUUAUUUACAUCGGAUUUUCCAACACACUUGAUUGGUUAAUGGCGAUGUUGGAUGAGCCAGCGAGACUCUUUACAACAGAAGCGUACAUUGACAAACAAACGGUUGUGUGUGCAAAUGCAUCUACUAUAGAGAGCUUGAAAUAACCGAGUACCAUACAAAUCCGCUUGCAUCGAGUGUAUGACGAUGGAGAGGACGGGAAAAAUUUCAAAGUACUUUACGCGGGAUCAUCAGGAUCAAAUGUUUCAAGGAGCAGAUAAUAAAGUAGAGCGUUACUCUGUUGAAGAACAAAUUGACGAGUUAGAAGAUAAUUUAAACAGUAAAGAGAGUGAUAAAGUAGGAAUGGUGGAAAUUAAAUUAUCACGGUUGACCCAGAAAAUAAUCGGUUGUGAAAUUGGUGAAAAUGUGUCAACUGAAUAUCCAUGGAAGUUUGUUAAAAAAGAAGUAAUUGAAGACAAUCUUGAUCUACACUGUGACGACAGUGAAUUUUUUCCAAUACGCGAUAAAAUAUUCAAGUUUCCGGAUGAAAAUAUUCUUAUCGGUUAUGUAUCGGGUAAUUUAAAUGUUACUAACAAUGAAGAUCAUAAAAGCGACAUUGAUGAUGAUGAUGAUGCUGAUAAUAAUAAUUAUGGAAAAUUUAUAAUGUGCCUUUCUGAGUCUAGUCGAGAUCUUGUCAUACAUCAAAUUGAAGCCACGAGAACCGAAAAUAAAAACCGUGUAAAAAAUUAUAUUUAUAAAACUGCUCGUCACUGGAGAGAUUUAGGAAGUGGUGGAGAAAUCGAUGAAACUACUGUAAAAAAUUCUCGACCCUUUUAUGAAAUAGAAAUAAAAAAAUCAAAAAGUGGAAGCUCUUUGAGAAAAUUGGUAAGCCGCAACGCUGAAGAACAGAGAGACGGUUACAUAGAGCUCGUGGCUACAAGACAAAACUUUAACAACGUGUCUCGAAGACUGGUUUCACGAGGUAACCAAGCUAAUCCAGUGACUAGUGACAACGUGGUGCAGACGACAACGUGGACUCCCGUAAACUCGUGGUUUCAGUACUCUUAUGACUACAAACCGAUCAAUACAGCGGCUUACAAUCAAGAGCUAAAACGAGCUUCUAGAAAAUUUCUUGAACGUUACACUGAAUUUACAUGCGAACAAGUUUUUUGGAAUGCCACUUGGGAUUUGCACGCAGACGAUUGCAAGAAUUUAGUGCAGGAUGAGCGAGAUACCCAAGUACCAGUCUCUCUAGCUUUCACUGAGUACCAAAGUUACUGUGACAUUAAAUUGACCGGAAACAAAGUUAUCAGUGACCUUUGCUGGCAUCCAUUGAUAAGCAACAUUGUUGUAGCUGCUUAUGCAACACAUUCAAAAAGCCAGAGCACCGUGGAACGACAUCAAGAUAAUAAUAUCUUACGAGCAUGCCAUGAAGAUAACCAAGUCCUCUUGUGGUCUUUGGAUGACUGCCUUGUGCCAAAGUUUAUUCUCAAGUCUCAUCGUGAAGUGACCGCUGUUUCUAUUAGACCGCUCGAUGGGAAUGUCAUUAUUGGAGGUUGCUCAAAUGGCCAGAUAGCAGUUUGGUCAAUUGCAGACCAAAUUGAACGCUUGAAACAAAAUUUAGUUAGUGACGACGAUGCACAAAUGAAGUACCGCAUGACGAUGAAAAAUCUGAUGAACUGGAUGAAAGAGACAAGCAGUCCGACGAUGAUUUAUCCUACGGCGAUGUCCUCGAUUAGAAACAGCCAGAGCAGUGCUAUAACUCAGAUAAUCUGGCUGGCGAGUUACAGUAAGCUCAACGAGAAUGGAAAGUUGGUUGAGUUGGAAGAAAACUCCGACGUUGAAGAACUCGGCUGGCAGUUUGUGACAUCCAGUGAAGACGGCACUGUCGCCUUCUGGGAUCUGAGAGAGGGUGAAGAUAUUGAACCAAAUCUAGGUAUUGUGUCCAAGCAAAAAAAUAAAAUAAAAAAAACUAAAAAGUCUCAACAAGCACUUGUACGAUCGAUAUCGCCUCUAAAAAUACACGACGGUCUAUUCAGUCCUACGUAUAUGCUUGCUGUUGAAAAAACUAAACUCAACACAGAGUGUUCACGUGUUGUUGUCAUCACCACAAUCAGCUUUUACAUUCCGCAAAUCCAGCGAGUUGAAGUUGAGCCAUUUCCAAUCGACUUGAAUCCCGACAACGCCGAUAAUAUUGGAGUACCAAGAUAUUACAAAUCCGUGAUAGAAAAACCAACAGGAACAUCAGAAAUGCAGAGAAUAAUCCUCGUGGGUACACUCGAUGGUGAUGUAGGCCGUAUCACAUGGGAUGGUUUUGAUUUUGUCACUGGCUUAGAGAUAAACCGUGAAUCUGUACGAUGGAUCUGGCGAAGUGAAGGCAUUCAUGAUGGACCCGUCACUCAUUCAAUAAGAUCUGGCUAUCUUGAUGAUAUCGUAUUAACCAUUGGUGGAAAAAGCUUUGCCAUUUGGCGUGAGGAUUUUGAUGAACCUAUUUUUUUCAGGAGAUCUGCGAUAAGAUACACCGCGUGCUCGUGGUACACUUGUCGCCCAACGGUCUUUAUACUGGCACGUGCAGACGGUACCAUUGAAUUCUGGGACUUGAUGGUCAAAAGUAACGAAGCUUGCUUCACACAAAGUCUCUCGGGUCAGAUCAUAACGGGAAUUUACCCACACGAGUUCACUAGAACGUUUAAAACCGCUGCUACUGGUGCUGCUGACCAGUGUGUAGCUUUUUGUGAUGUUAAUGGCACGAUGCGGGUCUUCACAGUACCACCGGACUUUUCAGUCUUCGAGGAGGGUAAUGUCGAGUGGAUGAGGGCAUUCGUGGACCGUGAGGUUAACAGAAUAGAAUUAACAAGACAAUAUACAAAGUCUUGGACAGACAAGAAUGACGACAAGAGUAUCGGAAGAAUGAACAACCAGCCUGAAGAACAAGCUGGACAAAAAGUUAUUGAGACUGUCGACAAAACUUGUCGAGUGACUAAAAUCGAUGAAACAAUUAAAUCCAAACCAAAACGUACGAAACAAUUUAUUAAGGAAGCACAAAACAAUUGGAAGACAAUGGAAUCAAAACGUAUGCAACGAGUAAUUUUGGCAAAGAAGGGACUCCGUCCUGAGGAACUAGAGAAACGUCGUGAACCGGUACUGAAGCUACGACAGGAAGGACUAAAAAAAAAGGAAAAAAUUCGUGAUAUGAUGCAGCAGCAAGACCGGAUAUUCGAGGACACAGUAGCCUUCCUUUUUCCGGAGCGGAACUACGACUACGGCUAUGGCUACAACCACGCCAACGUGACCACUAAAAUAGAGACCAUAAAGACGAAGAAACUCGAUAACAAGGACAGUAAGGGUGUCAGGAAAACUACUACGACCACUAGCACCACUACUACUACUACUUCCACUACUACUUCUACUACUACUACUACUUCUACUACGAUAACUAGUAAUGCUACAACGACUAGUACGAAAACCUCCUUUAUUCAUUCCUCAAAGACCAAUUCGACUUUGGCAAUGCCAGACAAUCUUCAACAGAUUAUACAUAACUUCCAACAAGUUACUGUGGAUUUGGAAAUUAUGCGGCAAAAUCAUGCAAGGAUGUCAGAUGAUUCUUUCGAUUGGCAGAAGACCUUGAUUGAGGCACAGAAACGCGACAUAGAUAAUCGAAGAUAACGUAAAAAAAAAAAAAGUAUAUACUAAAAGGAAAAAAGUUAACUCUCUGUACUUUAUCGACAAGAGGAAAACAAAUUGGUGAUAAUUGAGAGACACUUUUAACGAUAUAAAUUUAAUUUAUUUUACAAAGUGACAAUUUACUAGAACAUCUGUCUUUUGACGAUAACUGAUCCAACAGAUCAGUAAAUUAAAGUAUAACUUUAUUUUUUUGUGUUUGUUCCUCUGAGAAAAAGAAAGAAGAUUGAAUUGAUUUGACGACCAAUAAAUGAAUUGAGAUAAAAAAGAAGAAAAUUGAAUUUAAUAUUGAAUUAAAGACAUAAAAAAUAGGUUACUGUGUGCUAUGAAAGGAUGUGGAUAAAACCACGUCGAUAAAUCGGUUAUACUAGGUGAUUUUUCAUUAUAGAAACCUGAUUAAAAAGUUUAUAGCCGUGAGGUUAAUGAAUUUGCGAUUUCAAAUUAUACGGCUACGUGGUUUCUUUUGUAUUUUUUUAGUUAAACUCGUUUAGCAUUCCCAUUUUUCUACGCGCCUGAACAAACAAUCACGUUAAAAUAAUACAAUAAUAGUUUACAUAAAAAUUUUCGUGUAUUAAAAAUAAUUGAUUGGUUUUUUAAAAAUGUCAAAGUAUUGAUUUUAUAUCCGCUUGUAUUAUAAUAUAUGAAACUUAUUAUUUUUUCAUGUAAGUUUUUUUAAAAAAAAAUUUUGGCACAUCAAUACCUAUUAUUCAAUAUCGUUGACUUUUCUUCAAUAUUACUCGGUACACACAAAGCUUUGACAGAAAACGUUGAAAGGCUUUCAAUGCCAUUGUACUACCUUCAGUCGUUAAAUUAAUCGCACUGAAUAAAACAAUGAAGAAAUGACGUCCAAUCAAUUUGGAAAUUUACCCUGUCAUUUAUGGUUCAAUUAUUUUACAAGAAGACAUUGAUAUUAUAUUCGUCACAAUAUCAUUCAUCUUUCAAUGAAAAUGUUAAUUUAUUUACAUAUAUAUAUAAAUAUAUUAUUGGCAGUCUUUUAAC